UCCACCACCUCACCGCCCUCUCUGUCACUGCCAAUCUCCAUGCGCCCCAAUCACUGCAUCUGGCUCCACCUCCAUUUCAUCCCCUUCUCCUCUCCUCUCGAAACCCAGCUCUCAAGUCUCCAUUUCUAUAAAGGCUACACCUGCUCCAUCCAUUUCCAAUAUACCUUACACCUAUAAAGCUCCAUUUCAUUCAUUCCUGAAGUCUCGUCUCAUCUCAUCUCAUCACAUUCAGCCAUCGGCGUAUCAUCACAAGCACAAGCAGAAGCCGGCGGCUUUCACAGCCCUGAGAGCAGAGCCAGCAUGAGCAGUGGUGGCUCUCUGACCUCCCCUUCUUCAGCAGCCUGCUCCAGAUCAUGGUCUAUAAGUGAGGAUUCGCUGAGGAGGUACGUGAGCUACGCGAGCGAGAGCUGCAUCCAGGAGCUGCUGGCCGCGUCGGACUCCGGCCGGGGCGGCGACGACGACGACGACGGGUGGAAAGUGCUGGCGUACCGGAACGGGGUGGAGAUAUCGAGGCGGCGGACGAGGCCGGCGCACGUGUUCCGCAGCCGGUGGCUGCUUCACGCCGUCUCGCCGGAGCAGUUCAUGGCCGUCGCCAACGCUGUCGACGCCGCCAAGCAAUGGGAGUCAGACCAUCUGGUGGAGGCUUCGUACAUCAAGGAGCUGGGCGACGAACUGAGCAUCAUCCACCUCAAGUUCGGCGACGCCUCCACCAGGCGCCCCGCCCGGCGCCGCCACCUCGUCGUCUACGAGCGCCGCCAGGCCAUGGAUGACGGCACGCUCGUCGUCGCCGUGGCGUCGCUGCCCAAGGAGAUCGCCGCGGGGCUACUGCCACUGGCGGGCAAGGGCCGCGGCGGCAGCAGCUCCGUGGGCCGGGGCCUUCUGCUGCAGUCCGGCUGGGUCGUCGAGAAGCUGGACGACGACGGCAACUCGUGCGUCGUGACGUACGUUGUGCAGCUGGACCCGGCUGCCGGGUGGCUGCCACGGUGCCUCGUCAGCCGGCUCAACAGCAAGCUGGUCAUGAUCAUCGACAAGCUCAGGAGGAUGGCGCAGGCCACCGUGCCUGCCGCCGCCGGUUGCAACGCCGCCGACGAUGUGUGAUGACGAUCGAUCGAGAGCAGCAUCAGUUGCAUGCGUAGUUUUUACCUAAGUAAAUACUAUGGUUUUGUAGAAACGGAGUGCAUGUUGAGAUGUCCGGACGUAUCACAGACGAGGGAUGCCGCGCAUCUAUAUAGUACUAUCGAUCAUACUAUGUGAGUGAGAUUGUGAGAAUAUGAUAUGUUUGUGUGUGUGAUUGUACGUACGAACGUACUCUGCCUUUGCAAACGGCUGCCCGCAGCAUUGUAACUGCGAACGGCUGUUCGA